AUGGCAGACUAUCCACCAACUGCGCUUUCUGAGGGCGUCAAGAAACUCCCCGAGUGGAUUCAAGCUGGAUGCGGCGACAAAGAAUACUACUGCGAGGAGAAAGGUGCCACUUUUCUGGCUGAGAAUCUGCCUGACAAACUCCCGGACCUGUCCGAACAUAACAACAUCUUUGCCGAAGCAAUGCGCGCGAAUCCAGGCAUGUACGACGAGCUCAAAAACAAGACGACCAAGUUGGGAGUCAACAUUGGCCACUGCAUCAAAACUGGCAUCGAUAACAAGGGCCACCCUAUGAUCAAGACUUGCGGCCUUGUCGCUGGGGAUGAAGAGUCUUUCGAGCUUUUCAAGCCAAUCUUCGACCCGGUAAUUUCCGCUCGUCACAAUGGAUACGCGGCCGAUGCUAAGCAUCCCACCGACCUUGACGUUGACAAGAUCUCUGAUACAAAGAUCGAUCCGACUGGCAAAUACGUUCUUACUUCACGCUGCCGAACAGGACGAUCUCUUCGAGGAUUCCGACUCCCUCCUUGCUGCUCAUUUGAUGAACGACGGGAGAUCGAACGAUUGGUCGUCAAGGGUCUCAAGAAGCUCGAAGGUGAUCUUGCUGGCGACUACUUUCCCCUUGCUGGCUCUCGAUCUUAUGGCGAGAAGCCGAAUGGAAUGACCGCCGAAAAGGAGGAAUACCUUCGUGAGCGAGGAAACCUCUUCCAGGAACCUGACUCAACUCUUUUGCUUAGCUCUGGUUGCGGCCGACACUGGCCUGACGCUCGAGGUAUUUUCCACAACAACGAUGAGAAUGUCUUCGUCUGGAUCAACGAAGAAGAUCACACCCGACUCAUCUCCAUGGAAAAGGGCGAUAACGUCAAGCAAAUCAUCUCUCGAUUUGCAAAGAUAACAUCUUCUCUCAAAGAUGUUCUCAAGGAAGAAGGCGUUGAAUUUAUGCACUCUGAGCAUCUUGGCUGGAUUUUGACUUGCCCCUCUAACUUGGGAACUGGACUCCGCGCUGGUUCAAUGGUCAAGGUUCCACUCUUCUCCGCCAGAAAGGAUUUCAAGGAUGUUUGCAAGAAGAUGGGUCUCCAGGUUCGAGGAACUAAGGGAGUUGACUCUGCCUCUACUGGUGGCACAUGGGAUAUCUCCAACGCCGACCGACUUGGAAAAUCUGAAGUCCAGCUGGUAAACAUUUUCAUCGAGGGUGUUGCCCAGAUCAUUCGAUGGGAACAGGCCCUAGAGAAUGGCGAAGAUAUCGAGGAACAAGUUGCCGCUGCUUCCUUCCCAGAGAAGUACUAG